UGCAGGAUGAUGGCUCCUGUCAGCAGUGACGGCGCUGCUUCAUGUGCUUGUAAAGGCAUUAGACGGUGUCUGGUAUGUGAAAAGUUAAAAGGAAAGGGACAGUUGGAAGCGAAUAAAACAAAGGUUGUGCAUCGUUUCCUCUACAAUCCUGAUGCAAAGCUUGCAGUUCACCAAAAUGCAGAGAGUCUGUCCUUCCCAUUUCCUGGUGUUUUUCUGUGGGAGAAUUUCAUAUCAGAAGAGGAGGAGAAGGAGCUGAUAAGCCGUUUCGACCAGGAUGUGUGGAACGAGUCACAGUCUGGUCGAAGGAAGCAGGAUUUUGGACCAAAGGUGAACUUCAAGAAAAGAAAAGUGCGUGUUGCUGCUUUCUGUGGGCUUCCCGCUUUGAGCCAAAAACUGGUCCUCCGAAUGCACCAAGAGCCAAGUCUGGCAGACUUUCAGCCAGUGGAACAGUGCAAUCUGGAUUAUCAUCCUCAGCGAGGUUCAGCCAUCGAUCCACACCUGGAUGACUCCUGGCUGUGGGGGGAACGCCUCGUCACCAUCAACAUGUUAUCCAACACCACACUAACCAUGUCCCUCGAAGAGGGUCUGCCAGAGCUGGGACUGGCUGAGGAAGUACAAGUAGCUGUGCAUCUUCCUCGCAGAUCUUUAGUGGUGUUAUACGGCAAGGCACGGCAUAAAUGGAAGCAUGCCAUUCAUAGGGAGGAUGUUAAUGAGCGCAGAGUCUGCAGCACCUACAGAGAGCUCUCUGAAGAGUUCCUGCCUGGAGGGCAGCAGGCAGAGAUGGGAGCUCAGCUGUUGGACAUUGCUUUGAGCUUCAAAGGAACUCCGAUAUAGACUCAAAUGAUCAGACAGAGGAGGAUUUCAGACUCUGCUGACUUGUUUGAACUUGAGCAGUUUGAAGACUUAAAGAAAAAGGCCUAACUUAUUUUAUUUUAAAGGAUUUUUUUUCUUUUAAAGAAAGCAGCCUCUGUGGGAUCCUGUGAUGUCUUUGUAUUGUUUUGCAGACUUAGAAUAAGGCUAGUACACAAAAACAGAACUAAAUUUUGGUCCAGGAGCUGUUUGACUUGUUGAUCAAACUUUAGAUUGCAGCUUUAUUUUGUUGGGCAGAUUCCUGUCCACUGAAAUAUCAGGUGAUGCUCCUAAUCUUUAUACCUGUGAACAAUCAAUGAUCCUAAAACUCAAUGCACUGAUAAGUCAGGGUCUGUACCUUAUUUUUUUAAAAUUUUCAAAUGAAGAACCACCAUCAUUUAAAAAAUGCCCAGCUUUGAUAGUACUCCGUAUUUGGGAAAUAUUUCAGUAUAGAUGUUACCACAGUGUACAAAGCUAUCAGAAACAAAAGGAUGCCAAAUAUAAAGAAAAAAGUAUUAACUAACAUUUAAGACGUUUCUCCACUAUGUGCCUCAACAGCAAAGACAUAGCUUCAUUAUGUGGAGGUUCCAAGCAGAAUAUAAAAUGUACCAUCAGGUAUAGGUGGUUGCCCACAGUGAGCCUUGAAAAAUUUAAGAACAUAACACAACUGCCAGACUUUGCACUUCUCCGCAUCUUUUUUAGCUCUGCUUAACUCAGCCUCUCUUUGUUCACUUGAUGUCUUUCAAUAUAGGUAUGAAUAUAAGUAUAUUGGUGUUGGCUAAAAUUGGUUUGCAAAUAUUGGAUACCAGCAAAAAUCCACUAUUGUGUAUCCCUACAUUUUUAUCCUAAUUUUGUGAACACCUUAUUUGGUGAGAAAAAGGCGACAUGAUAGGUUAAAUAGUUUCAAGGAAAACUUUUAUCUUGUCAAUUAACCUAAUGCAAAUCUACACAGUCCCAUGUUUCUUCAGCACAUCAUAUGGCGUAUUUACUAAACAGUAAAUGGGUGUCUUGUUUUCAUUCAUAAAUUUCUCAUGAGGAGGGAGAAAUUUAUUUAAAAGUGCACUUCUACAUUAAUGCUGAUAGUAAUGAAAGAGUGCAUGUGCAUCCUUGGAUCACAGAGCACAUUCACACUCUGGGACCGCUUCCAGCGUGAAUGCAGAAGUGCACUUUUAAGUGCAUUUAUUCCUCGUGACAAAUUUAUGAAUGAAAACAAAAUAAUGGUUUUCUUUGUAGUAAAUAUGCCCAGCAGUGGAAUUUUGCAUAUUGUGUGUUUAAAAAAAAAAACUUUAAGCAAGAAAAAAAGAAGUGAAAAUUCCCCCACCUUAAUGUUUUAACUGCUUUUAUUCAGCUGUUCAGUUCAGUAUUUCUUUGCUGGUUGAGCCCCAGAACCCACCAUCAACUCCUUAGCAGGAAGUGUGACCCAAAUUUCUAUUUUCAGAUCAAUCAGAUUUAUUUCAUAAAAGCUAAUACAGUUUGGAUCUGAGACAGUACAAAACAAAAAUGGGACAAAACAAAGAGACAGAGACAGGUCAACAGUGUUUUAAAGUGGACGUAGAUUACCCUUUUAAGACAAGUUUAUAUUGGUCUCAGAAUUCCCCAAAACAUGCCUGUGAAGUUUGUUGCUAAAUCACUCCAGUAUAGGAUUUUUGUAUGUCUAAAAAAACCCCCUCUGUUUCUGCCCUGCUCAAAACAGGUUGUAGCUUUAAAUGCUAAUGAGCUGUCUGACGCCGCCCCUGCUGGCAGCUGAUAGAUAGGAAGAUCAGGAGAGGAGGGUAAAACUUUCUUCCAAGUCGGGGGGGGCAACCCAGCCUGGGGGCGGUGCUAACUCCCCACAUGACAUCAUGAGGGGAAAAUCUGAGAACGGCAUGUUUUAGCACACAUUUUCUGAAAGGUGGAGAUAGAGAGGGGGCAGGGAAUGGGUUUCUCUGAUUCUUGGGGGGAAUUGUGGACAGGCCAGGAGCACAUAUUUUUAUUAGAAAGGCCUGAAAAAGUGAUUCUUGUAUAAUAUGCCCCCUUUAAAAUAGAUUCAUGGACAUUUUGGGGCAUAAUGGCCCACUUUAGGGUCCCAUUGAGAAUUACUGAUUUAGAUUACCACCAAAAGGUGUCAAAGCUCAGUUUAUCCAGGUCAAAUUUGUCCAUUAGUUUGUCACAGGCUAUAAUUUGUGCUAAAAUAAAUAUUUUCUAUAUGAUAAAAUGAAAAAUUUUACCUUGCACAAUUGUACUUCACUGUAUUUUCAAUCAAAAAUGUCAUGGAGGCUGCCAAUUAAAAUCUAGAAAAAUCAACAUAGUUAUCUUACUAGUUUGUUUCUCCAGUCUUUCAAUUGUAUUCUAUUGAUUUUGUCAUUUUAAAUCCAUCCAGUCACUCCUUCUUUUCUGUUAAAUAUGCAUGCAUAUAGCUGCUAUUUGUUUUAUUUAAGUUUAUUAUUGAAUUCGUCAGCUAUCUUUCUUCCUUCAGUUGUGCCUUUAACAUACACCAGCUGGUCUGCCCAGCAGUGCUUUUCUGUCUGUAAUAUUAAGUCUACCACACAGGAGCACUGCUGGCUCCAGCUGAGGAGGAGCUGCUGCAGCAGAGAGAAGCAUCAUUAAUAAAGGAGUGGCUGCUGAAUUGAAGGUCAUCAUCUCCCCGCUGUGCUGCUGGAGCUCACAGAUGUCACACACACUUUUAAAAGACUGUAAAACCUGUUUCAGACAUAUGCUGCGGAUUCAUUUCACCACAGAAAUUAUAAUAUUUAUAUGACAACCAUA